AUGGAUAUAUACUGGGUUAUUUUGUUUAUUGUUCUGGUGUCCUUAUUCAUAGAAAGAUUAGUGAGAAAGUUAAAGAUCAGUAGCUUUGAUCAGCGCUAUGUUGUCGUUAUUGGAUGCGAUACGGGGUUUGGAAACAUGCUUGCUAAAAGGCUGGACGCCAUGCAGUUCCAUGUUUUUGCUGGCUGUUUUACAAGCAAGGCAGUUACGCAGUUGACCGAAGAAUGUUCGCGGAAUAUGACAGCUAUACUAGUAGACGUUUCAAAAGAUGCAAGUAUUGAACAAAUGUUGGAAGGAAAACUACCCGAAGAUAAAGGAGGCGAAGAGAAAAGUUAUGAAAAGCUGCCCGGACUAGAUUCUAUCAUUGCAUCAUUGAAAAUAGAGCAGUUUCUAUUCUUACAAAAACUCAUUCAAAACUUAUUUAAGAGCAAAACCGACUUUGGGCUGUUGUUAAUAAAAGCUGGAGUUCUCGGAACAGCAGGGCAAUGCAUCUGGCAAACGAGACAAGAUUUUGAAACUGUGUUAGCAGUUAAUUUUUAUGGUGUUGCUAUGGUAACAAACGCUUUUUGCCCGCUAAUAUUGAAAGAACAUGGUCGAAUUGUGAAUGCAGCAAGUGUGGUGGGUCGGAUUGCACUUGGUCCGGCUCCGUACGUCGUUUCAAAGUAUUGUGUGGAAGCAUUUUCUGAUGUACUCAGACGGGAACUUUACAGAACAGGGGUAAAAGUAAGCAUAGUUGAGCCUGGGUCAUUUAAAACGGGAAUUUUGGAUCCAAGCGCUCAAUUGAAAAGACUAGAAAAUAAAGUUAACAGCUUACCAGAUGAAAUAAAGGGGAAAUUACAUUAG